GUCCGGCUGUCGGAGACAGGUGGAGAAGCUUGACUUAAAACACGUUAUUGCAGAAUGCUUGUGUUCGUAUGUGGGUGUGGGUGUCCAUGAGAGACAGAGAGGUGACGGUAACUCAGCUGAUUACUCACAGGGAUAAGACAGUCGUCCCUUUAAUCAGAAGACUAACUCUUUACACUGUUGUAACACUUCAGCAGGGAUCAAACCGUUGUGACAAGAAGGUCCAAGUCAAGACCUUAACCCGGUGUCGCUCCUGUGUCUUAAACGCCAAGAUACGGUGUCCACAGAACUACACUCAGCUUACUACGGGGAAUGGAAUCGGGGACUGCAGGUACCACAUUUCACUCCGAACGUUCUUUUUGACUGUGCGUGGUUGUUACCAUGUCUGUGUCAAGGAGGUGCUCCAGCACCAGUGUUGUGCCGGCUUCUGGGGACCAGACUGCAUGGAGUGUCCGGGAGGAGCAACAGCCCCUUGUAGCGACAAAGGAGUUUGUUCUGACGGCAUGGGAGGGGACGGCCAGUGCAAUUGCACAGGUAGCUUUGGUGGUGUUGCCUGUGAGAAAUGUGCAAAAGACAACUCAUUUGGACCCAACUGCACUUCUGUGUGUGACUGCCUUCAUGGGGACUGCAACAGUGGAAUUAAUGGUGAUGGGACAUGUGCAUGUUACUCAGCUUACAUGGGAGAUAAGUGUGACGAGCCUAUCCCAGCUUGUCGAGCUUUGCAGUGUCCUGAAAAUAGCAGAUGCUCUGAGGAUGCAAAGACUGGAAAGUUGGCGUGUGACUGCUUACCUGGUUACGAGAAGAUGGGGAAUGGACAGUGCGAGCCAAUUAAUCCAUGUCUUCAAAAUGCCUGUGGUCCUAAUUCUGUGUGUAUCUACGUCGGCCCCAAUUCUUUCACCUGCAGAUGUCAAGAAGGUUACCAGGGCGACGGCCAGAUCUGCCUACCCAUCAACCCAUGUCAGAAAAAUUUUGGGAACUGCCCCACAAAUUCAACGGUUUGCCAAUACGAUGGCCCAGGAAAGUCUCACUGUGAGUGUCUGGAAGGUUAUGAGAACUUGGAGCCGGGAAGAGGGUGCAGUAUGUCUGACAUCUGCUUGACCAGCAACCCCUGUGAUAAGAAUGCCAACUGUAUCACCAUCAGACCAGGACAGAUUGAGUGUACCUGCAAUGAAGGUUAUACAGGUGAUGGUGAAGACUGCUAUGGUAACAUCAUGGAGCGAAUCAAUGACCUAAACACCCAACCUGGUGGACGAUGGGAGGGGCAAGUAACAACAGCCAUGUUGCUUUUUGGGACUGGUUAUUCCAAGCCCCUGACCAAUUUGGGACCCUUUACAUUAUUUCUACCAACCAGCAAGGCUUUUAAUGGAGUGAAUAUGCAAAGUCUCUUAAGGGACAAGGACAGAACAGAGUACCUCGCAAAGCUCCACAUCAUCGCUGGGCAGAUGAGUGUGGCAGACUUGAACGCCACUGAUGAAUUUUUCACUUUGACUGGGAGAUCAGGAGUGACUAUACUCAGAGAAAAGGAUAAUCAGCUAAGGCUACACAUCUAUGGAAAUAAUAAAAAGGCCCAAAUCCUUGCUGGGAAUAUCGUCGCUUCCAACGGUCUAAUACAUAUCAUCGAUAAGGUGAUGGAUGGUACUCAGCCUACAGUCAAGAGUGACAGACAGAAAACACUCUACACAAUAAUUUCAGAAAAUGCCAAGUUCAAGAAAUUUAUGGAACUGAUACAGAGAACUGACCUUGACCAACUCCUACAAAGUCGUGGACCACUUACAGUUUUUAUCCCAAACAAGAAUGCUUGGAAUAGCUUGGAAGAUGGGACAAUGACCUAUUUGCUUUCUGCAGAGGGUAGGCAGAAGCUUGAGGAGUUGAUGAGACAUCACAUCAUACCUGAAAAUGAGCUGGAAGUUUCGAGCCUUCUCUCUUCACCUAAGAUUCUGAGCUUAGCCAAUCAGCUUGUGCCAAUGAACUUAAGCAGAAAUGGUCGCAUUUUGUUAGGCGGCCAGGAUGUGGCAGUUGAAGAAGCAGACAUAUUUGGCAAGAAUGGCAGAAUCUUCAUUCUGAGUGGCCUGCUGAUUCCACCAUCGAUUUUGCCAAUCCUUCCCCGUCGAUGUGACAAUACACAGCAUAGGAUCACCUCGGGCACUUGUGUAAAUUGUGCUAAACUUCAUAACAGCACUUGUCAACCUGGAAUGACUCCAUUGGAUACUUCUAAACAAGGAUGCCUUUACGUGACUCAUAUAAUGGAUCACAGCCUGCCAACCCGUGGUUGUAGUAGAAACUGCUACAAGGUAGUUACGGUGCCAAAAUGUUGCAGUGGAUUCUAUGGUCCAGACUGCAGGGCCUGUCCUGGAGGGUUUCAAAAUAUCUGCUCUGACCAUGGACACUGCGCGGAUGGACUGGAAGGAAACGGCACCUGCAAUUGUGACAGCCAAUUCCACGGCUCUAAGUGCCACCUCUGUUCUGACCCGAACAAGUAUGGACCUAACUGUGAUCAGAACUGUCCGUGCAUACAUGGGCAAUGUGAUAACAGGGUGACCGGUGUCGGAGCCUGCAAGCUAAACUCAUGCAAGCCGGGAUAUGCUGGGAAGUUCUGCGAACGACAGACAAGUCCAUGUGGCUCCAAUGCUCAGUUCUGCCAUGCCCACGCAAACUGUGAAUACAAGGAUGGUGGCUUCAGCUGUGUUUGCAAACCAAACUAUGAAGGCGAUGGGUACUUCUGUGAAGAGCUGAACGCUUGCAGUCGACCAGACCAAGGAGGCUGUAGCUCUAAUGCGGAAUGCAUUCUGAUGGGAAAGGGAAAAUUCAGGUGCCAGUGUCUGCCUGGAUGGACUGGAGAUGGGGAGGACUGCGCUGAAAUCAAUAACUGUCUAAUAGGCCAAAGCAGGUGCCACACCAAUGCAAACUGCAUCUACUUGGGACCAGGACAGAAUAAGUGUGAGUGUAAGAAGGGCUUCCGUGGCGAUGGCCUAGAAUGUGAACCCAUAAACCUGUGUUUGGAGGACAAUGGAGGGUGCCAUUAUCUGGCAACUUGUUCAUUCGUGUCCCCAGGGAUUAGAAGUUGCAGCUGUCAGCAAGGUUAUGAAGGAGAUGGUGAGAUAUGCUUCGGAAACGCAAUAAUGACUCUAUCCUACAUCCCAGAAGCUGCAGAAUUUCUCAAGUGGGUCAAUAAUGCUUCUCAGAACCGUCUCCUUUCCGAAGCUGCAAAUGUCACCCUGCUAGUGCCCUCUCAGAAAGCCAUCAGUGGUAUGAAUAAUGACAACAGAAUAUUUUGGCUCAGGGACGAACAGCUUCCCAACCUGGUGAAGUAUCAUGUGCUAAAUGGAGUAUACAGUCUUGCGGAUCUUCUGAACCUUUCAUCUAAGUCACUGCCCACAAUCCUGCCGGGCAGCUUCUUAUCCCUUGUCAACCGGGAUGAGAAAGCCACGAUAGGAGGUGCAAACCUGCUCAAUCCUGAUAUCGCAUUAACAAAUGGGAUUAUGCACGUUAUUGAUAAGGUUCUAAUACCUGAACAAGAAAUGAGUGAUGCAUCAGUCAGCCUGCUGUCAAGACUGGAGCAGAUGCCUGAUUAUUCUCGCUUCAAAGAGUUGAUAAAGAACUUGAUGACACAGAUUGAGAGUGCGAGCACCUACACUGUCUACCCACCAAACAACGAGGCUAUUGAGAAGUAUCUCAAGGAGAAAGGCGUUGAUACUCUGGAUGAAGAUUUACUCAAAUACCACGUCAUUCUGGCUCAGAAACUGACGCAGAGUGAUAUGCACAACGGGAUGCACCGAGAGACUAUGCUCGGAUUUUCAUUUCAAGUUGGUUUCUUUCGAAGAAAUGGCCAGCUCUUUGUGAAUGACGCACCAGUCAACUUUACUAAUGUGGAAACAGACAAAGGAAUGAUCCACGGACUGACAAAAGUUCUAGAGAUCCAGAAAAAUCGAUGUGAUACCAAUGAAACCACUGUGUUACCGGGCAGGUGCAUUAAUUGUCAGCAAAAAUCAAACUGUCCUGCUGGGUUAACCCCUAUGACCGGGAAAAGGAAGAGCUGUAUCCUUGUAACAUAUCUACAAGGGAAGAGAUUACUCUACCUUGGAUGUGUAUCAACCUGUGUGAAAACUGUGAUUACCCGAGACUGCUGCUCCGGCUACUUUGGGAAGCAAUGCCAAGCAUGUCCGGGGAAGAUUGGAAACUGGUGCCUUGGGAACGGAUUUUGCCAGGACGGUGUCAACGGCACAGGGAUCUGCAAGUGUCAGGAGGGUUUUACAGGUACAGCCUGUGAGACCUGUGUUAAAGGCAUGUACGGAAUACACUGUGAUCAAGAGUGCAAAUGUGUUCACGGUAAAUGCAGCGAAGGAAUCAAUGGAGACGGUAGCUGUGAAUGUGAACCUGGAUGGAGAGGAGUCCACUGUGAAACAGUGAUUACCGACGACCUGUGCAACAACACGUGUUAUUCAAGUGCCAAUUGCCUGACUGCGUCUGGCUCCUCAUACUGCAAAUGCGCGGUUGGCUUCAAAGGCAACGGCACAUUCUGUGAAGCUGUGGACGCCUGUGAAGCAGACAAUGGAGGCUGCUCAAAAAAUGCAGACUGCAAGAAGACCGUCCCAGGACAAAGACAGUGCAUCUGCCAGGCAGGAUACACUGGUGAUGGACUCGUUUGUAUUGAAAUCAACCCUUGCCUGGAAGGUAAUGGAGGAUGUCAUGCCAAUGCUGAAUGCACGCAAACUGGGCCAAACCAGGCAGUGUGCAAUUGUUUACUUAACUACGAAGGUGAUGGGAAGACAUGCAAACCAAUUAAUCCUUGCUGGGUGGACAAUGGAGGUUGCAGUGCAUUUGCCAAAUGUAAUCACACGGGACCAAACGAGCGAUCAUGUAGUUGUUUCACAACUUAUGUUGGCGAUGGAAUAACAUGCAAAGGAACCAUAUACAAGGAGAUGUUCUGGAAUACCGCCUCAUCCCAAUUUGUUUACCACCUCCAGAUGCAUGGUGUGACCGAACUCGGAAGCCAAGGACCCUUUACUGUCUUCAUCCCCAGCAAUGAUGCUUUCAAAAACGAGACCCGGAUAUCGGAAUGGACAUCUAAAGGACAAAUGGCCCAGAUUCUCCGUUACCACAUUGUGGCCUGUAACCAGCUGCUGUACAACCGGCUGAUCAGUCUGAAGAGCAUCAUCUCCCUUCAAGGAGAAACCAUCCAGCUGUCCAAUAACAAUAACGUCUUGAUACUAAACAAGAAAACCAAACUCUUACAGAGUGACAUUAUCAAUGCCAAUGGAGUGGUUCACUUUAUCGACAGGAUACUUGUUCCUCAAAAUAUGAUUGUUCUUCCUAAGGAUACUCAAGGCUCCAGCCAACUCAACUUGACAACAUUGGCAGACGAGAAUGGAUACUCCAUCUUUGUUAAUCUCUUACAGGACACCAACGUACUGAACAUGAUUAAUGAUCCAAAUCAUAAACCGGUCACCCUGUUCCUACCAACAGACACAGCCAUGAAGUCUCUAUCUAAAGCACGACAGAAUUUCCUGUAUAAUAAGGAUAAUAGAAAUGCGCUGAUAGAUUACCUUAAGUUUCAUAUUAUCAGAGAUGCAAAGAUUUUGGCAGCCUAUCUGCCUCAGAGUACCCCACUGAAGACACUGCAAGGGUCCGACAUCCAAGUGACCUGCGGGCGGCGAAGGAACAAGGGUGAUUUGUAUCUGAACAGGAGACGGUGCAAGAUUGUACAGAGGCACUUGGAGUUCAAUGAUGGCAUCGCUUACGGCAUCAACUGUUUACUGACUCCUGCCAGCAUCGGCGGUCGAUGUGAUGACUUUAUCUUUCAUGAUAUUAUGGGAAGAUGUGGCAGCUGCAGAAUCACACCUCCCUGCCCUUCAUCAAGCAAACCCAAGGGGGAGAAGGUGAAAUGCACGUACCGCAACACUUUCCAUGAGGACCUCGAAGGCUGCCAGCAACCGUGCACCCUCGUAAUCCAGAAACCUAAAUGCUGCAGCAACUACUUUGGAAAAAAUUGUAAAGCUUGCCCAGGCGGUGCUGAGAAUCCAUGCAAUUCCCACGGGGUGUGUGACGACCAGCUCACAGGUUCAGGAAACUGCACGUGCAAGCCUGGAUUUAAGGGGUCUGCUUGUGAGCUCUGCUUGCCUGGGCGAUGGGGACCAGAGUGUACCGACUGUGAGUGCACUGAAAAUGGAAAAUGUGAGGAGGGUAUUGAGGGCCAAGGAACUUGCUUCUGCGAUGAAGGUUGGACAGGCGUCCGCUGUGAAACACAACUCAAUGUGAAACCGCAGUGUUCCCCUCCUUGUUCUGCUGAUGCGGUCUGCAAGGAAAACAAUACCUGCGAAUGCAAACUCUACUAUGAAGGUGACGGACGCACCUGCACAGUCGUUAAUCAGUGCAGGCAGGAUAACGGAGGCUGUUCGGAAUUUGCCAAAUGCUCCCAAACUGGCGUAAAUGUCACCUGCAAAUGUCAAAGAGACUACUCUGGCGAUGGCUACGUGUGCGACCCAAUAGAUCUGUGUGCGGAUGGGUACAACGGAGGCUGCCAUGAACAUGCAGUCUGUACAGUGACAGGCGCGAACAGACGCAAGUGUGCAUGCAAAGAUAACUACAUUGGGGAUGGAACCAACUGCACAGUCAAAGAGGUUCUCGUUAAUCGAUGUCUCCAAGACAAUGGAAAAUGUCACGCAAACGCCAAAUGCACAGACCUUCAUUUUGAGGACAAAAAAGUGGGCGUUUUCCAUCUACGAUCUACAAAGGGACAAUACAAGCUUAACUAUACUCAAGCACGUGAACUAUGCAGUGGACAUGAAGCCGUGUUGGCUACUUACAACCAGCUAUCCUACGCUCAACAGGCGGGAUACCACAUGUGUGCAGCAGGUUGGCUGAAUGGACAGAGGGUAUCUUAUCCAACCAGUUACUCCAAUCCGAAAUGCGGUGAGGGUCACGUGGGCAUUGUGGACUAUGGCCCCCGGGUUAACACCAGUGAAAAAUGGGAUGUCUUCUGCUACAGAAUGAAGGAUGUUGAGUGUACCUGUAAGGAGGAUUACGUGGGCGAUGGAUAUUCGUGUAACGGAAACAUGUUACAAGUUCUAACCAGCGUUGACAAGUUCUCCUCCUUCCUGACACAAAUUCUCAAUUACGCAAACACCACGUUGAAUGGUAGACAGUUUGUGGAAGUUCUCACUGAUCGAUCUGUCAAAGGCACCCUGUUUGUUCCGGUCAACUCUGGAUUCUAUAGAAAUACGACCCUGUCCGGUCGGGACAUUGAGUAUCACUUCACUGCUCACAGCAGCUACGUAUACCACAAAAUGCAAAAUGGAACCGUCCUCCUGAGUAAGAUCGGUCAGUCUCUGCUCAUAACAGACACAGAAAGUAGUCUCCCUCCGAUCCCUGAGUUCACUCAGCAAGGCAGAAAGCAAGUCAACGACAGACCAAUUGUUGCCUGGGACAUAGUUGCCUUAAAUGGUGUCAUGCAUGCUAUCAACAAGCCUUUACAGGCACCUCCUGAACCUGUUAAACCUACUGCUGUGCACGUUGGAGUUGGCUUAGGAGUAUUCUUUUCCUGUCUGCUGGUAAUAAUUAGUUCGACAGUUGCUGCAUAUUGUUACUACAAUCACAGACAAGGACCUUUCAGCUUCCAGUACUUCAAGUCUGAAGAUGAAGAAGGUGUAUCAGCAUUUGAUGACGAGACUCCUUCCAGGUUCAAUAACCCAAUGUACAGCCAGUUCACAUCUGCAGAUGAUGGUGAAGAUCCCUUCUCUGAUGAACAUUGAUGUCAACGGAUAUCAGUCUUCAACAAUAGAAGCAUCUACAUCGAUAUGCGUGGGCCUCACUACCAAAAACUCUGAACAAUAAUCAUUUGGUAGCCAUCAUAAGUUACCUUGACAACAACGUUUAUGGCCUUGUCACCAGUGAACUUUGGAACCAAAGGCAGAUUAGGAGACAGAGAACAUUGUUAAUUGAUCAAGGAGAAGGGAUUGAUGAAAAUUAAUUCUAUGUUUAAAGUAUCUUCCAGUAUCCUCUCAAAUAAAAUCAACUCAUUUGCCUAGAGCAAUGACUAAGGUUAUGAAAUGUAGCUGAGGGACCUCAAAGUGAAAAAGAAGUGCUUAAAAUCUGGUGUAUGCAAGAAAAUUUUAGGAACUAAUGUCUAAAAAAAUUGGGCUGCAUUUUUAUUUGAAUUAAAAAGCCUUGGUUGAAUUAGAAAUUGGGCUCUUCUACUUGUUUCUCAUUCAGAAACACAAGUUUGAACUACCUUUGUCUGGGCACUGUAAUUGCUAAAGUGGUACAGAUGUGUGUGUGCAUCUGCGGUCACAUCUGGCUGGCAGGUCUUCUGCUGCAGAUGUUGGGCAGGGUGCACAAAGCCCACACCACGCCGAUACCAAUGUUGCCCGAAAUAAUCCUGCCCUUGCACUGCUGACUGUUUUUGAUUCCUGGAAGCAUACCCCUCCCUAGCAGAAUCCCAGGAAGAGAUUGUGAGCCAGCUGGAGAUUGAUUGUGGAUUACUGGUUGUUGCAACAGCCAUCUGGAUUACGGCAGCUGGUUCUGGACUGCCUGGGUAUUACUGGUUGUUGCAAAGAUCCUACCAGGAUUUCU